UGAACGACCGCCGCGCCUCUUCGCUCACUUCCAGCUGCCCUCCUCAUCCUCUCCCUUUGUCUGCGAACCACGAAUGAUGGCACGGCCGUCCGAUGAGAGCGGAUCCGUCGUUCUUUUCUAGUCCACAUCGCCUGCUCUCAUCGUGGUUGGGCAAUUUCCCUUCCCUUCGUUUCCUUUCCUUUCCUUGCCUGCAAGUGUCCCCGCUCCGGAGCGGACUUCUAUCUCCAUCCUUUGACUCUGUCUGCUAUAUGGUCCCUGCACGCGGGCCAAAUUCUAAGGUUGCAAGAGCUACACUCCCGCUUCGUUCUCCCGGCCCACAUAUCAAUGUUUAUCACGCCUUUCCACCUGCCACUUUAUUACCCCCUUAGUCGGUGCCCCGACCACGUCUGUGACGCAAUAUGACUCGACCCCAGAUAUCCCGAGCCGAAACGGCUGACCUGCAAGAAUCCUUAUCUCCAUCCCCCCACGGCCGCCACCAAGACCAGGCGCUGCGAAAUGCCGAACGCGAUACUCCGGAUGAGAUUGCCGAUCUUCGAAGAGACGUCCACCACCGGAUCGACGAAGAGUAUAACUACAGCGAUCAGGAUGACCCUGACCACCUGAAUGGAUUGCACGGUGAUCGGAUGGGCGGUUAUCAACAAUAUCUCGAAGAGGACGCCGCGGACGACGACAUGGACGAUCAUCUAGACGAUGAUAUGCUGGAUAAAAUCUCCAGUUCUCCCUCAAUCGACGAUGAGGAUAUUGAUUUUGAAUUUGUUUAUGCUCUGCAUACAUUCUUUGCAACUGUAGAGGGCCAGGCCAACGCCACCAAAGGCGACACAAUGGUCCUUCUGGAUGAUAGCAAUAGCUAUUGGUGGCUUGUUCGAGUUGUGAAAGAUGGUAGCAUAGGUUAUCUCCCUGCUGAGCAUAUUGAAACACCAACAGAGCGAGUUGCUCGUUUCAAUAAACACAGGAAUAUUGAUCUGUCGGCCACUAUGCUUAGUGAUAAUGCAGAAAAGCCCAAGAACUCAUUAAAAAAGGCCAUACGUCGGCGAAACGCGAAAACUGUGACAUUCGCAUCCCCGACUUACUUUGAGGCGUCGGACAUCGAUUAUUCUACCGAGGAAGAAGAUAUUGACGAUCAGCUUUUCGACGAAGAAGGGAUACGGGAGGAAGAAGGGGAAGGAGAAUACGAGUCCGAACGCUCAGAUAUUCAGGUCAUACGAGAAGAAUCUUCUAUGGGCAACAUGAAGGUCGAACCACUACGUCCUAAGCCUCAAGCUGACAGGGAUCCCUCGCAGCCCCAAGACGAGGAGUCAACAGAUCGAACUUCGGAUCAGACGCGAGACUCUGAGGAGUCGGCUAAUCAGCAAGAAGAAUUUAGGCAUGGAAGGUCUAGAAACGGAGUAUUCAGAAAUACAGAUUCGUUCUUCAAGGAUGACACUGUCGAGACGAAGAAAAUAUCGCUUACUCCAAAUCUUUUGCGUGAUGAUGCCAAUGAAAGUAGUCAAGUGACCGACACGAAAGAGACGAGAGGUCGUGGAAGCUUCGAGGCGCUGAUUGGCGACAGAAGCAAAGAUGAGAAAAAGCGGAAAGAAAAGAAAUCAGGGAUGCUCAGUGGCUUGUUCAAGAGAAAGGACAGGAAGAGUAAAGCCUUCGAAGACGAUGGGGAGGAGCAUGAAAAAGUGUCCGAAGAGUCCGCCCGAUCAUCGACGGAGCGUAAACUCUCCACGGAGUCAUUAAAAGAAGAAACACCUCCGUCGAAACCGCAGGCAGCGCCUCAGAGACAUCCAAGUAAGCUCCAAAAGCAACCACGCGGAGGCUCUCCACAGACGGUCGACUCGACCACACCAAGCAAGAACCAUAAAUCGUCGGUACGGGCUGUGGCGCCUGACCUCAAUGGAGACACCAACCCUGCCAUCCACACAAGUCCUUCCGAACCUAGGCAUGACCCAUCUUUCACCACGACAACCGCUACUUCUGCGUCAGAUUCUGUUUCCAACUCUGCAGUGUCAUCUCCCCUUUCACCCAGCUUCCAAAAUACCCCCGCUCCCUCAGUCGAUGUCGUCGAUAAGCCUGCAGAGCUUUCUAUUCGAGCCGUUGCUCCUCUUAAGGAAGAAAAUAACCCGAUGUCACCGAAAGAAUCACACGAGAGCGGGUCUCGAGGUCCUUCUUUGGAUAUUCAGGGCGUUAACGAUCUCCCGGUAUUGUCGACAAAGAGGCUAUCCAACGAUGAUGGUUCUAUCUCUACACGUUCCCUAUCCCAGCCCUCUUCCGAUAUCCUUGACAUCCACCAAACGAAAACCGAUACUACUGCACCAGCGAGUACCGUAGUUUCACCUGUUCACAGCCCUAUAUGGAAUGAUGCUGGUCUCCGAGCCUAUCUGGAAGACGGCAGUGAUAUCCGAGAUCUAAUAAUAAUCGUUCACGACAAGUCAAAUGUCUUGCCAGCAGGGCCAGAUCAUCCGGUCACGGGAAAUCUGUUCAAGGAUGAGAGCAGGUCUCUCAAUGAGAUGUCUAGUCGCCUCGAUGAUAUGCUCAACGGGUGGUUAGCUCGAAAAUCUACCGUUGCAGUAAAAUAA